AGCCUCCCAGAAUCGCUUACUGUCUGCGGAUGCGAAUGUAGGUAUUGUACGUACGAAGGUCAGUCCUCAUCGCAUACCGGAUGCACAGCGCUUCUGCUCCCUCGCAGGUAGCUUUUCUCCUCGAGCGACCCCCGUUGCCGAUGCAAAGUGUUCACCGGCUCAAAGGCUGAUCGCGGCGCCCUCGGCGUAGAUGUGCAGGCGCAUGAAGGCGCCUUUUGCAUCGGUCGACUGGUGUGGACGCCAGCAGAGACGCAUUUUUGGAGCUUGUGGCGUCGUAAUCCAAGCGGAAACGGGAACGGGACGUGUUGGUGCUUGUGGUGGCGAAACCGUCUUCCUCCAGUGGUGCGGUGCGCAAAGUGGGCUCGGUGAUGUGUGCAAAGAAGCACAGCCUUUCUCGCGGUGAUCGGUGAUGCGUGCGCCGGGGCGGGCGAUAGGAGUGAGGUGAUAGCGCCGCCGAUAGUGUGGUGGUGACGACCCCAGCAGCGCUAACGCUCCAUCCACGCCGUGCACCCGCCGGCCCGAGGGGCUUCCAAGACGAGGUAGUGCUCCCACCGGCCAGGCAUGCAGUAAGCAGUGGUCAAGCCAUGGGGGGCUGCUGCCACCGGGCGGGGCUCGGGCGCAGGGGCCGGCUGCUGCUCAUGUUUGGCAUGACGACGGCCUUCUUCCUCGUCGAGAUCAUUGUCGGCUAUGUCACCAACUCUAUGGCCCUGGUGGCAGACUCUUUCCACAUGCUGUCUGAUGUCAUAUCGCUCGUCAUUGCCUUCCUUUCCAUAAAGAUGUCUCCCAAGAAGUGGUCUAAAAACACGUUUGGCUGGGCUCGUGCCGAAGUUCUGGGAGCGCUGGUGAACGCCGUGUUCCUGGUGGCCCUGUGCUUCUCUAUCCUUGUGGAGAGCCUCAAGCGCUUCUACAAGCCCGAGAUCAUCGACGAGCCAAAGCUCAUCCUUUAUGUCGGCAUUGCCGGCCUCAUUGUCAACAUGAUUGGCCUCUGCCUGUUUCGUGAGCACGGCCACAGCCACAGCCGGGGCCACCACCACAGCCUGCCCACGGUGGAGGAGGUUGUACUCCAGGGCCUCGAGGAGGACAUCAACGACAACCGCUUUCGCAUUGGGGGUGACGAGGGCUCUGCCGGCCGUGGCACGGCACCAUCUUCGACGGGUGGCCAGCUCAACAUCCGAGGCGUCUACCUUCACAUUUUGGCUGAUGCCCUUGGCUCGGUGGUGGUCAUCAUCAGCUCACUGGUCAUCUGGCUCAGCACCUGGGAGCAGCGUUACUACGUGGACCCUGCCCUCAGUCUCAUCAUGGUGUGCCUCAUCAUGAAGUCUACAUCUCCUCUAUUGGUGGACUCGGCACUAAUCCUGCUGCAGACUGUGCCGACGCACAUCCAGAUUGACUCCCUGCAGAAGAAGCUUCUGCAGGAGGUGGAAGGGGUGCUGGCCGUGCAUGAGUUUCACGUGUGGCAGCUGGCAGGCGAGCGCAUCAUCGCCUCAGCCCACAUCCGCUGCAAGAACCUGCAGGACUACAUGCAGAUCGCCGAGCGCGUCAAGGAGUUCUUCCACAACGAAGGCAUCCACUCCACCACCAUACAGCCCGAGUUUGUCCAGCUCGAGGGGCAGCAGAGUGACGACAAGGACUGUGUCCUGGACUGCCCCAGCCGCACCAACUGUGUAGCCCAGACCUGCUGUGGGCCUCGAGGCAAAGAGGGUGUCCCCGAUGCACCGGCACCUACAGAUGAGACUGUGUUGCGCCAACGCCCUUCGGCCGAACUGAGCACCCCUGCUUGAAUGCGGCUGUCAUCUGUGGCCAGUGUGCAGGAUUGAUCUGCUGGCGAGUGGGCCAAUGUGUGGAGCAACACUUGUUGCCGUGGUUGACGCUGGCAGACUACGGAUGUGUCUGGAGACUAACACCGCCACAGCUGCUCCGAAUCAGUUGUUGCCGUGCAGGGCUACGUGCAAGCCAGAGCAGCACGAAGCAAGGAUGGCCAAGCCUUCAGCUGCGAUGAGUAGUGUAAGUUUUGGGAGAAGGUUGUGGACUAGGAAGGACGCCUGCCACCAAAGAGCUGGCAGCAUGGAUUUCACAUUUGCUGUGAGACAUAAGGCACCAAAUAAAAGUCAAGCCACGCUACA